CACAACCAUCACUGGGCUUCAGGCUGUUGAGGUAAACAAAUAAUCCCGUUCUGCCAUAAACAGCUCCAUCAGAUCAUCUAAGCAGGACUGAAAUGUUACAGUUCAGGGUUUCGCAGGUCUUGAAGGACUUCUGCAGACCCAGCUUCAAGCGUGCCUUGUCUGAUUUCGCUGGGAAUGAGACGCGGCGACCCGCCUGCACCAGCCAUGCCGGGGGAGCGGCGCGCAGAGCCCGGCUUCCAGCUGCAGCGGGCCGUCCUCUGUGGAGCUGCGGCCGGGCUCUGUGCACCAAGACAGACGGUGGACCAGCGCCGAACAAAGAAGCAGACAAGAGAAGGAAGGCAGGUAUCCUGCCCAGUCUGGAAGACCUGCUCUUCUACACCAUCGCAGAGGGUCAAGAAAAAAUCCCAGCACACAAGUUUACCACGGCAUUGAAAGCGACUGGUCUGCGAACAGGUGAUCCCCGUCUGAAGGAGUGUAUGGAGAUGCUGAAGAUCACCCUGAAGACCACGUCUGAUGGAGCUCUGGACCGACACCUCUUUAAAAAGUGUGUCCAGAGUAACAUUGUCCUGCUCACUCAGGCAUUCCGAAGGAAGUUUGUCAUUCCCGAUUUCCAGUCGUUCACAUCACACAUCGAUGAGCUUUAUGAGAACGCCAAGAAACUCUCUGGUGGACAGGUGGCGGACUACAUUCCCCAGCUGGCCAAGUUCAGUCCUGACCUGUGGGCAGUUUCUCUGUGUACUGUGGACGGACAGCGACACACAGUUGGUGAUACCAAAGUGCCGUUCUGUCUGCAGUCGUGCGUGAAGCCGCUGAAAUACGCCAUCGCCGUUCACGACCACGGCAUGGAGUACGUCCACCGCUUCAUCGGAAAAGAGCCCAGCGGCCUGCGCUUCAACAAACUGUUCCUCAACGAAGACGAUAAGCCACACAAUCCCAUGGUGAACGCAGGAGCGAUAGUCUGUACGUCACUCAUCAAGCAAGGAGCAAGUAAUGCAGAGAAGUUCGACUAUGUGAUGAACUUCAUGAAGAAGCUGGCGGGGAAUGAGUAUGUGGGCUUUAGCAAUGCUACUUUUCAGUCUGAGAGAAUGUCCGGAGACCGGAACUUUGCCAUCGGCUACUAUCUGAAGGAGAAGAAGUGUUUCCCAGAGGGCACAGAUAUGACCUCUAUCUUGGACUUCUACUUUCAGUUGUGCUCCAUUGAGGUGACGUGCGAGAGCGCUAGUGUCAUGGCGGCCACACUGGCCAAUGGUGGCUUCUGUCCAAUCACAGGCGAGCGUGUGCUGAACCCCGAAGCCGUGAGGAACACGCUCAGCCUCAUGCACUCCUGCGGCAUGUAUGACUUUUCCGGACAGUUCGCCUUCCACGUGGGUUUGCCUGCUAAAUCGGGCGUGGCCGGUGGGAUUCUGCUGGUGGUUCCUAACGUGAUGGGCAUCAUGUGCUGGUCUCCACCUCUAGACAAACUGGGCAACAGCGUCCGUGGCAUCCAAUUCUGCACGGAUCUGGUGCAGCUCUAUAACUUCCAUAACUACGAUAACCUGCGUCACUUUGCUAAGAAGCUGGACCCUCGUAGAGAGGGCGGUGACGAGAGGGUGAAGUCUGUUAUAAAUCUGCUGUUUGCUGCCUACACUGGAGACGUGUCUGCUCUGAGGAGAUUCGCUCUCUCCUCUAUGGAUAUGGAACAGAGAGAUUACGACUCCAGGACGGCUCUCCACGUCGCUGCAGCAGAAGGUCACGCCGAGGUCGUUCGUUUCCUUCUGGAGGCGUGUAAGGUCAACCCUGUACCCAGGGACAGGUGGGGGAACACGCCGAUGGACGAGGCCGUGCACUUUGGUCAUCACGACGUGGUGACGAUCCUGCAGGAUUACCACAACAAGUACAGCCCUCAGGAGACCACGCCCGCCGGGGACAAGGAGACGGUCGAGAAGAACCUGGACGGGAUGCUGUAGCGCAGCUCAGUCCUCCGACGCCGAAGAAAAGUUUGUGCGUUUGUAUGUGUGUGUGUGUGUGUGCCUCUAUUACUGAAAAUCACCUGUAGAACCUGUGUAGAUAUGUGAAGUAUUUGUGCAGCUGUGCGUAUUUAUGACAAGAGUUUAAGUUCGGAGCACUCUGGAUCCUGUUGGAAAGGAAAGCAGUCGCAUCGCUGGUUGAGUUCGAAAUGUAGGUUAGCGGUAAAUAAGAGCUGCUGCACUACAAAAUAUGCUGUCUACUAGAGUUUAAAUCUAUUCAGUUAUAGCUAAUCUUUGUUUAAUCUUGGGAUUGUUAGGACCAUAUUUUAAAAUUAUUUAACUUAUUUUCAUCUCACUAAACUGGCAGAUAAUUUUGCUUGUUUUAAAGUUGCAUUGUGUAAGAUUUAGCAGAUCUAACAACAGAAAUGGAGUAUACCUCAUACAAAUACAUGCAAAAUCAUGUAUUCAUUAGUGUAUAAUCACUAGUAACUGAACUGUUGUUUUUUAUUAGUUUAGACUGAGCCCCUCAUAUCUACAUACAUUUUGGAAAUUUGGCCUCUUUUGAGACCCCAGACCUGUUCAAAUUAGAGGCCAUUCUACAACAGCAUUAGUGUUCUACUGGCUACAUAAUGGCACAUAGUGCUUGGACCCCGAUGAUCGCCGGUAAGCUUUCACAGCAGUUAUGACAUCACAGAAAGCAUGAAUGGCGGAUGUUUUGCAGCCAACCAGCAGAUGGCGUACGUCUGCACUUACCCUCCCUGAUCCAGUGGUGCUGGGUGUGUUCUGUGUGUAUGAGCACACUGUGUGUGUGUGUGUGUGUGUGUGUGAACUCAUACUGUGCUGGUUUCUUCAGUCCGCAGUGAUAGAUCUGUAGCUUUCCUGUUAUUUUGUGUGUUUUCACACAUACACACACUAUAAAUGUAUUUUAAA